AUGUCCCAUACGGAGCAACUUGCGUUGGAUGUUGGUUUUUUCGACCUGAAAGGCUCUUAUGAUGAGGCGAUAUGGGGUAAUCCGACUACGGUCGAAAGUGAUCCCAGUAUACGUGAAUGGGUCAAAGGUCUGCGUGGGCAUGGAGGCGGAGGCAAUGUCUUGAAAUUGAGAAAACUGGCCCAGGCCCAAACACAGCAGCGGAACGCGGACAGUCAUAAAGAGAAAGAGCCUGGAAUGUCCACUAUUCCCUCGGAGGGAUCACGUAGGACGACGCUUCCUCUGGCAAGAAAGGCGGCUCCCAAACCCUCGCUUGCGGAACCUCCACCGCCCCAUAUCCCACCGCCCGUGGAGACCCUUAAAACCCCCUUUUCCGCGAUACGCAAGAAGCUGUGGCGCCUUUACUCGGCCAACCCAAAGAAAUAUAUACCUACUCCGGAAGUGCUUCAAGAAAUACGUAGGAUGCCAGGUGCGGGAGAUGAGAGGCUCAACAGUCUUGUAGAACACGGCGCUAGUGUGGUUCAGGAACGGCAGACCCCACCAGUCAUGGAAGCCCCUGUGUCGGCAUCACCUCGACCCAGACGACCUAGGCGCCAUCCGUUGGAUCUCUCGUCUAGCCCACCUCGAUUCUCAAGCGUUUCUCCUCAGACUAGAAAUGGACUGCCGCCCGCAACGCCCUCUCACUGGUCGCCCUCCAUUAGGGGAAGCCCGGGUCGCUCAGAAAUACCUGCGCUCGAACUCGACGCUGUCUCUGAGCGGCAUAGCCCAGAGCUUUCCCCCGUUUUGACCCAGCCAGGUUCUGAUAGUAAUAGUAACGACCAAAGAACAUCGAGAUUAUCUCCAGUAGUUAGAGAACCAGGCCAAAGCCAGUUUGUGCAAUUACCAGAACCAGAGCCGGAGUCGGUCUCUCAGCUAAUGGUGACGGAUCCCCCCUCUCCAAUUUUAACAGCUCCUCCUCCAGGGCAAAGGCCACGCUCCGAUGUACCGCCGUCCAUCCUUCCUCCACCUUCUGAACCUCCAAAAAGCACGCGGUCACCUUUCAAAGUCAGACAAACUGACCAUUCGUUUAUUCGAGCUCGAGCUCCUAUCAUACCUCUUCGACCUCUGCACGGGGGCCGUCGAGUUCCGUUGCCAAUCUCUGGACACCUCUCCCCCGAUCCAAAUGUAUCUGGUCCUGGACGAAUCCUUGUUCCGAAUUCUGACAUUUCCGGUUCUGCAUCGCAGCCGUCACAGCAAUCACAGGCCAACCCAUCGUCUUCAGAAGAACACCUUCGCCAGUCACUGUCUCACGUAUCUCAAACCCAAACGCAGUCUGAAUCGACUUCACAAUCGCUACCUUCGAUCCCGUCGCAGUUGCGAAACGAAGUAUUGCCGUCGGCCUCUGGCACUGAGGAUGUGCCAAGAAAUGAUGCAGAUGAUAUCCCUGAAGCAAGCGUUACGGCAGAGCCGUCCUCAACUAUGGAGAACGUCGACCAAAUUGUCGAUCCCACAGCGACUGAUCAAAUAGGCGAUAGACCCUAUAUCCCAGAGUCCGAAGCGCACCAGCAAGUGGCAGCCGUACCAAGCACACCAGAUGCUCCAGGAUUAGUGAGUGCGAGGAAAGAGAGUGGAAGUGAAACGGAAGACGAGGACGCCGACGAUGAACUUGAGUUGGAUGAACUCCUCGGUAGCGAGCAUAGUACCUCAGCCAAUCUAUCCCAAUCUCAAGAGAUUAGGUCGGAGGUGGACGAUCUCGAUUCUGACGACGCCAGAACGAAGGAGAUGGUUGCCAGCUAUAUAGCACCCGAGGAACGGAAUGAAAUCACCAGUCCUUUCGAUCCCUCUCCGGAAAUCCCUCUCCCCGACAUGAUUAUCGCUGAAAAGGGAGGGGAAUUUGAGAAAGAAAGAAGUCUGUCUACUCAAUCUGUCCAUGGUCCUCAGGCGUCCUCGACUUCAACUCGGGUUGCAGGCAAAAGUAUGCCUCCACCUGGACAGGCGCCUUGUCGAGUGUCACAUCACGUCGAAGAGUCUGAGCAGCCUCUUCACACAGCUCUUGAAUCCCUGCCGCCGCCAUCUCCAACGAACGACGGCGACUAUCGUCAAUCUGUACUUCUAGGAGCAAGUAAGGAUGCCUCCAAAGCCAGUAUUCCUGUAAUGCCUCUGGAGUCGCGUCUCACAGCACCCACUACUCACGACCCCGAAGUGUGGGCCUUGCCAAGCUUUCAACGCGAUGUGCACCGGCCGGAAAUCAAUGCUACGGCUGACCGACCGCAAGAAAACUUAAGAAGACUCCCUGCACGAAAGCGCAUAGUGUCCAUCUCUUCAUCCGACGAAGACGAACGGCCUGCAAAGAGGAAAAAGGUCACUUUACCUGUACGUCAGGACGAGACACGCUCCGCCGCAUCGUCAUCUAGCGGCGGCGGAAGACACAUAUCAGAAGGGAGCAAGAAUGCUAGCGAGUCCGUCGUUGCGACCCAUACCGCGACGACAAAUAUUCGUCAGAUUGAUCUGCGCCGAAGUACCUCAUCUUCAUCUUCCCGAUCUAACUCCAAAAAGAUGAAGUUGCGGGCUACGAUCACAUCGUGGGAUGUAUCGAGUGCUGGAGAUUGUGCACAGAAGUCCAAGGACCUCCAGACGCGCGUCGAGAUUCCGUCUGGGUCGACAUCAGUGGUGAAGGUAAAUGGACCUCAAAGAGAAGCUAGUGCCGCAUCUCACAAAGGUUCAGGCAAAGAUUAUCCGAUUGAACCUCAUCCUGUGGCGCCACGAAUGCCGAAGGAGGUCGCACAGAGCCGAGCAAGUACGCAUGCAUCUAGUACCUCUAGCUCUGAACCCUCCCGGCAAUCCGCUGCCAGUGGAAGCCGUGGGGCACUGGAGUCCGAGAGUGUGGCAGUAAAUGGAGAUAAGCAGCUUGGAGGCUAUGGUAUCGACUUGAACAUGAAGCGAACGGAAGACGGGCCGCCUCUCGUCACUUGGAAAGACCUGGAGGCGAUUCUGUUAAGAACUGGGUCUUCGCGAUACAAACAAAUGGUGAGGGACCAAAAAAAGUAA